AGGCCGGACCGGACCGGACCGGACCGGACCGGACCGGACCACCAGGACAGCAAGUGCCCCCUCCCCCCCGUGUCCACCAUGCCGAGCUCGGAGGAUGCCAGCGCCGAGCCCGGGGCCGAGGAUGCGGCCGUGGCCGGUUCGGCGCAGGGCGGCGGCGACGGGAUGACCUGGUGGUAUCGCUGGCUGUGCCGGUUCGCGGCUGUGAUCGGCGGGGUGUCUUGUGCAAUUGCUGGAGUGUGGAACUGUGUUACAAUCGAUCCCCUCAACAUUGCAGCCGGGGUCUGGAUGGUGCUGAGUGCGUUUAUCCUUUUCCUCUGUGAAGCUCCAUUCUGUUGCCAGUUUAUAGAGUUUGCGAAUGCAGUGUCUGCACGAGCUGAUAAGUUCCGCCACUGGCAGAAAGCAAUGUUCUAUUGCGGGAUAGCAAUAUUCCCAGUUUUCCUGCGAUUUUCAUUCACUACGCUCUUUGGGAAUGCAAUUGCUUUUGCUUCGGGUGUGCUCUAUGGACUUGCAUCACUUGGCAAAAAGGGUGAUGCUGUUUCGUACGCCAGGAUCAAUGACAAGAAACUGGCCGAUGAAGAAAAGUUGACGGGAUCGAUCACCAAUGAGACGGCAAUGCAGUGAAAGACAGACACUGUGUUUACCUCGUGCAACCACAGAUCAACAAACUAGCGGGACUUUAUAUUUAUAUGCGUACAAUUUAUAUACUGCAGAGAGGGUCAGCUCUUGGUUUGAUGUGCAAUUGGUUCUUUAAAGGAAUAGUAAAAACAGUGUAGAUGAACACAAAAUGGUGUAGUAACUCAGCGGGUCAGGCAGCGUGUCUGGAGAGAAGGAAUGUGUGAUAUUUCAGGUCGAAACCCUUCUUCAGUUGAAGAAGGGUCUUGACCCAAAACGUCACUUAUUCCUUCUCUAGAUGCCGCCUGACCCGCUGAGUUACUCCACCAUUUUGUGUCUAUCGUCGGUGUAAACUAACAUCUGCACUUCCUUCCUACACAGUAAAAACACUGCUGGAGUAACUCAGCAGGUCAAGCAGCAUCUCUGAAUGACAUGGAUGCUGCCCGACCCUCUGAGUUACUACAAUGCUUUGGGGUUUUUUUUGCAAACCAGCACCUGCAGUUCCUUGUGUUUUCAAAAAGAAUCGAAUCCCUCUCUUUUUAAAUAUGUGACUUUUAUAUCUUUCUGCAUUUCUAGGGAUUUUGACUUUCAAACUUUCUUUAAAUCAGUUACUGAUUCGAAAUCUCAGGGGUUUGACCCUUUUAAUAUUCUAUUGAUGUGAUUACAGAUCAAAUGAUGUUGAUUACAUUGGGAUGGGCUGCACUUGAAUUCACUAUCAGUUGCUGCUGGCAGCUAUGCACCACCCAUUGGGAUAAUUAAAUGACAACAAUAAUGGAAUUCAGGUCGCGGCUCAGUAAUACCAUAUGUUUUUUAAAGCACAGUUUAAUACAAAUCUAGGCGUUUUUGUUUGGGCUAUCCUUCAUGGAAAAUAUCACUGCACUGGAAUUAUUUUCUGUAAAUCUCCAACCAUGCUUUCUAAAGUAAAAUUUACUCGUACUCUUGGUGGCACAGUGAUCAAACUCCCCACAUUCACCAUCUGCAUCCUCUGGCUUGGGAGCUCCCUCACCUUCACCAAUGUAUCGAUGACCAUCCAUGGGUAGCACGAUGGCACAGCUGGUAGAACCACUGACUCACAGCGCCAGAGACACGGGUUCGACCCUGACCUACGGUGCUGGCUGCGUGAAGUUUGUGGGCUCUCCCUAUGACUGCUCGCACAUCCCAAUAACGUGCGGGUUUGUAGGUUAAUUGGCCCCCGUGAAUUGCCCCGCGUGUGUAGAGAGAGGAUGCAAGAUUAUGAUAACAUAGAACUGAUGUGAAGAGAUGCGCAAAGGUCAGUGUGGACUUGUUGGGCCGAAGGGCCUGUUUCCAUACUGUACCUCUGUAUCUCUCAACUGCCUAUACUGAUGCUGCUAAGUUCUGACUCUGUAUCAGUUUCCAUCCUGCUCUCAGUUUUCUAUGCUCCAUCACUGACACUUCCCCAUACGAGCUCAGUUUCAGGAGUUAGGUGAACCAACAAUAUUCACCGCGGUGCUAAUGUGAGGUCGCUGAUUUCUUCGUGAGUACCGGCUGACCCGCUAAAUAUUUACAUAUUUUCUGUUCACUUCAGAAUUGAUUCUCCAGCAAUAUUUAAUUCAAUUCUUGAAUUUCUUCAGGGAAAAGGUCAUGUAACAUUUACAGACCUUCACAGGGAGAUCCGACUGCACCUUUAUAAAGAUGACUUAUAACUCAGUCACAUAGAAUAUCCAACACACUAUCAAGAUCUAGAUUUGAUCCAGCAUAUCUCCCUCAACACCAGCAGCCAUAACUCACCAAUCCUUUACAUGCUGUCAUCUUCCUCUGCAAACAUAAUCUGGAGUAUUUUUGGAAUGCAGUGUACAAGAAAGGGAAAAAGACACACACAAUCUUUUGAAGUAUGAGUGAGUUUUUAUUGGGAAAAGCAAAAUAAUUCUUAUCUAGAGGAUAGUUUGGUUUGGCCGUAAUGCAAUCCAUAGUACACUAGCUGCUGUCGUCGUUAGGGCAGUGGCCAGUUGAUUUAAAUACAGGGUUUGAAGUAAGGUGUUUUUAGAAGAAUAGCAUGAAGCCGUACAAGCUGAUUUUGUUUUUUUUCAAGGUCCAGUAAUUCUGGAUCAUUGUGUAUGUUAAAGAAUGCACGCUGGAUGUGGUUAACAUGACUUGAUACAAGUCAAAGCUUGACUUGUGCUCUGUGCGUGAUAGCACAACUUAAAAGGGAAUUCUCCAGCUCUUCCAUUGCACAGCUGACAAACAUUUGUCCAACAUUCUGUGACUUUGUUCCACAUGUUAAUUUGUUUCUCCCCUCGGAUGGCAAUAAUUUACCCAAUGUCACCACUACAUGUUAGCACCACUCCUUAGCCUUUCCUUUGUCUAUCUGAACUUUAGUUUUUGCCUCAACUAUAAAUCCUGGGAACAGAUAACACUGAAGACAGGCACAAAAUGUUGGAGUAACUCAGUGGGUCAGGCAGCAUCUCUGGAGAAAAUGAAUCGGUGAAGUUUUGGGUCAUGACCCUUCUUCAGAUUGAUUCUUUUUCUUCAGAGAUGCUGCCUAUCCUGCUGAGUUACUCCAGCAUUUUAUAGACAAUAGGUACAGGAGUAGGCCAUUCGGCCCUUCGAGCCAGCACUGCCAUUCAACGUGAUCAUGGCUGAUCAUCCACAAUGAUGUCUGUUGAAGACAUAUCUUUUGUGUCUGUCUUCGAUGCAAACCUGCAACUGCAGUUCCUUCCUGCACAGAUUAUAUAACACUGCCCGUUUUAUAACUGUUUCCUGUUUUCUAAACCUCUUGGGUUUAACCAAUAGCCGCGGAAUUACUGGGAGUUGUCUAUUGUCCUCUUAUACGGGUCUCAUAAGCAAAACCAAGGCAAAGUCUUAACGGCAACGAUCAGGGGAAUCAGUGCUGGACUCUCAUUCCUUCUUAUUGUUUUACAUUAUGGAGCUCAAAAUUGCACACAGUCCUUCAACUUGAGCCUCAGUUUUGUACACCUGCCUCAUUUAUUUAUAUUCUGCUCCUUUUAUUUGUGAUGAGUCCUCCACAAAGCAUGCUGAUGCUGCGUUUGCUGUGGUAUGCUUAGGGUUAAGCAGAGCGGUGGACACUGGCCUCACUGGGAAUGACUACACACACAAAAUCCACCGGGUUUGGCUGGGCCGUCUCUAGUGCGAUGUUUAGUAUCGGCCGAUUGCUCACUGCCAGUUUCACCUCUCAGUUUUGUUUUUAGCGCAAGUUCUAUUCUUCUGAGCAUUACCAUUGUGGAUAUCAGGAGGCUAUGGGCCUGUUAAUUGAUGCUGACUUUAAAUAGACCAGGACUGAUCAGAAUGGUACAUGGUUGCUUCCUUAGACCUGGCCGAUAAGAGUGGAUACAUCCGGUGCUUGGGAAGGGGAUAAAAUUGGCCAGCGCUCUGGUUUCUAAUUGUGUGAGUGAGGGGUGAAAAUCACACCCCAAACAACACUUUGCAAAGAUUUAUUUUGGAAAAGAAAUGAAUGCCCUUCCAAAGACAGUGCUUCUGUUAAUCCAUUCUUGGACACAUCUUGUAACCUUAAGGAAUGGAGAGGCAAAGGUUGGCCAGAUGGGCAAUAGUCUUUGGGACUUGGUCAGAUUCUGGGUCAGCAAUAAUUGGAAACCGAUCAUAAAUAGUUGUACAUUUUAGAGUUUUAGUUUGUAUUGGCAUGUGUCUAUUUAAAUACAAUGGAUAGUUUAUAUAUUUUGUCCAUUUCUGACCAUUUACUGUGAAAUAAAAAAUGUUACUGCA